GGGCGGCGGCGGCGGCGGCGCGGUUAUGGACCUGGAGGAAGCGAAAGAGUUCAAAGAAAGGUGCACUCAGUGUGCUGCUGUCUCUUGGGGUCUUACUGAUGAAGGCAAAUAUUAUUGUACUUCUUGCCACAACGUUACAGAAAGAUCUAAGGAAGUCAUAAACACUGGGGCUAUUCCUAAUACUAAAAUACAAGCCAUCAACCGGGGACUUAAAAGAAAAAGAAAACUCGAGAAAGGCUGGGAUUGGUAUGUGUGUGAAGGUUUUCAGCAGAUACUUUAUCAACAAGCAGAAGCCUUAAAGACCCUUGGAGUAGGCCCAGAAUUAAAGGAUGAAGUUUUGCAUAACUUUUGGAAGCGCUACCUGCAGAAGAGCAAGCAGGCCUAUUGUAAGAACCCAGUUUAUGCCAGGGGAAGGAAAGCUACGGUAUUAGAAGAUAACCCAAGUCAUUCAGACUGGGAUAGUGAGCCUGACCUGCUGAGUGACUUUAGCUGCCCUUCUUUUGUUGAAAGUGGACCAGACUCUCAGCUCGAUGGUCACACUCAGAAGCCUUUCCCCAUCAGCAAAGCGUCGCAAUCAGAAACAGCAUCCAUCUGUUCUGGCUCUCUCGAUGGAGUCGAAUAUUCUCUACGAAAGGAGAAGGGAAUCGUGAAGAUGACAGUGCCAAGGACACUUGCUUUUUGCUAUCUGUCUUUACUGUGGCAGAGAGAGACAAUUACUCUUUCGGAUCUUUUGAGAUUUGUUGAAGAGGGCCACAUUCCUUAUAUAAAUGCUUUUCAGCAUUUCCCAGAAGAGAUGAAAUUAUAUGGGCGCGACAAAGGAAUUUUUGCUAUAGAGUCUUGGCCUGCCUAUGAGGAUAUCUAUAAAAAAAUGAUUGAAAUUGCCAAAUUCUUAGAUUUGCCACGUUUUCCAGACAUAACUGAAGACUGCUAUUUUCACCCAGAUAUCUUGUGUAUGAAAUACUUGAUGGAAGUCAAUCUCCCUGAUGAAAUGAAUGAUUUAACCUGCCAAGUGGUAAAAAUGACUGGGAUAGGAGAAGUGGAUUUUCUGACAUUUGAUCCUAUAGCUAAAAUGGCAAAAACUGUUAAAUACGACAUACAGGCCGUCGCUGUCAUUGUCGUAGUGUUGAAACUGCUCUUUUUAUUGGAUGACAAUUUAGAAUGGACUUUGUCUAAUAUUGCCGAAAAAUAUAAUGAAAAGAACAAAGAAGAUAAGCCAUGGUUUGAUUUCAGAAAAUGGUACCAAGUUAUGAAGAAAUCUGUUGAUGAGAAAAAACAAAAGUGGGAAGAAGCCAGGGCAAAGUAUGUGUGGAAAAGCGAAAAGCCACUCUACCACUCAUCCAUUGACAGAGCAGUGGUAUAUAAAAGAAGAGAAAUGGUGGUGAGUCUACAAAAACAAUUUAGCGCACUGACUGAUUCAGCACCAACUGCUGAAAAAAAGAGUCCUUCAAGUUUUCAGUUCAACUGGACUGAAGGAGACUCUGCUGGAACCUGUUUCCAUGGCCAUAGCCUCCAGGGGAUCCUGAAGAAGAAUGGCCAGUCACUGACAACCAAGAAUUCACUCUAUUGGCUUAGUACCCAGAAAUUCUGUAGAAGCUAUUGUAAACACGUGACAACCUAUGAAGAAUCGAAUUUUUCGCUGAGUUAUCAGUUCAUAAUAAAUCUCUUCUCCUUCCUGCUGAGAAUAAAGGCCUCUUCUCUCCAUGAAGAAGUGAGCUUAAUUGAAAAGAGACUUUUUAAAAGAAAAUACAGUAAAACGAAAAAAAAAUCAAGAUCCAGGAAACGGAGAAAAUAUUGAGAAAAAUGAAAUAGGAACUUUCUUGUGAAAAUAUUUUAAUACUGAUGAUAAUGUCAAACUAUAGUAUUCCAGAGAAUUAUGGGAAAUAGAAU